UCUCUACGGAGAUAAAUAAGAGACGUGCCGCUAAACUUCCUGUUUUGUUUUUCUUUCGCUCUCCGUCUGCUCGGCUUUUAGGUAUGGACGUAUUUGCGAACCUAGUAGAAAACAGUAUACUUCCCGUGAAAGAAGUUACACUCUUCGAACCCCGGUGAACCUUGUAAACCACACACAAGCAGCAGGUAUCAGCAGCACUUACCGUGGAGUUUCAGACACCCUCUCUCCGCCUCGAAAUGGCACUCAGCUCGGGCGGUUGGGCUCCUCCAGCCCCGGUCGCUACUUCGUCCCAUCAGGUAGCAUGCGGCGGAACCGAGCCAAUGGCUUGCUGUAGUACUGUUUUAAUGUCAGUCCGGGUUUCGGUGUGCCAUUCUGGGAUCCGGCCCCUGUAUCUUCCUGUAGCAGGCAGCGAGGCUUUGCGCCUACAGCUCAGCAUGGACCCGAGCCGGGCCGGAGAGUUCCGACUGGCGCUGCGAGAUACGAGCGGAAACCGCAGUGUGUUCAUUGCAGAGUUUGACCUGCGCUCGGUGCAGUAUGAGGUCAAGUCCCCACGCUGCCAUGAGAUGUGUUUUGCUGCUCCACCCCAUGACCGCAUCCGCUUCAACUUCCGCUGUGACCGUGAAGCCGAGGAGUGGGCCACGGUGGUGAUGUCGUCACUGAGAGAGGCACACAGAGUUGCAAAUAUUAACACAUGUGAAUCAGAUGGCAUACAGAACCACACAGCAGCUGCAACGGAGCAGCCGAGCUCAGCUUUGCUGCCGCUCACUGAGGAGCUAUGCUUGGAGCUCGCCAGGGCGAUAGAAGCAGGGGACACGCAAGCAGCUUCACAGCAUGCAUCCGCUCUAGCUCAACAAAAAGCAGCGCUAAUGAUUCAGCUGUCGGAAAAGAACUAUGCAGAUGGAGAGAUCAGUUUGUCUGUAGUGGUGGAGGAUGUGUCGUCAUCCUGUUGGGUCCCCUACAUGACUGUGGCUGCACUCAAGCAACAGGUGUUCCUUGAGUAUGGUUUCCAUCCUCGUGUGCAGCGCUGGGUGAUUGGUCAGUGUUUGUGCACCGAGCCGCGGUCAUUAGCCUCCUACGGUGUGCAGAAAGACGGUGAUACAGCGUACCUCUACCUGAUCUCUGCCCGGCAGGCCCGUAUCACCCGCCAGCUGUUCCAGCAGGACCUGGAGAGCGCCCUCCUCGCCCCGCCCCUCCCCCUAGGCAAUGGACCCACCUCCCAAGACUGGAGGGGUUACAACACCCUGCCAUCGAGACUACCCCACAACAACCAGGGAGGAGGAAGCGAUAAACCAGGUGACAUCAAAGAUGUCCUUGAUAUUGAGAGCCUGCACUUGAACGAUCACACCAGCAGAGCCAGUAAAACACAGCAGACAGAGUGGGCAUGUCCCUCAUGCACUUUCAUCAACAAGCCGUCUCGUCCAGGCUGCGAAAUCUGUGCCACAGCCAGACCUGACACACACAUCCAGCAGGAGAAAGGCAGGAGAGAGGACAGAGGAGAGCCUGGUUUAAGCAGCAGCUGACUGCCCAGCACUGCGCUCUGGUUGACAAUUCUCACUCAGACACCCAUACACACACAUGCACACAGAGUGAGGAUGUUAAAUCUGCCACUUACAUGUUGACAAAAUACUCAAAGACUGUCAAGUGCACUGAGAGUCCUCUGACAGCUGGCUGGCCUCUGGAGACUGGAGCGUUUGAAGCACUGUAGCAUGACAGAGGCUCAGACGAUGAACUUGCAGACAGAGCAUGUUAGCUUUGACUGUUGAUGUGGACAUGACCAUGACAUCUUAAUUUGGCCAGACCUCUUUCUUAUUUAUAUUGUUGUCUGUGUGUGUGUGUGUGUGGCGCCAACACAGACAGUCUAAUAUUUAUUUCAGGGGAGAGAGAGCUAUGAUGCAAGUUGUCUGUGUUUGAUUGCAACUGAAGUGGGAGGAAAGGUGAAGCCCUGUGCAACACCGUUCUGUUUCAGUGUUGGUGCAAAAAUAUUUGGAAGUUUAACAAAAGAGCUCUGGCUGAAAAGAGAACGAAUGUCGCAUUUACAGAGAUGUUAAGUGCUUUUAUUUUUUUCAUAACAUAUUUUGUUAUUUUUAACAAGAUUAUUGAGUAAUGUACAUCUAACCAGUCAAUCCUGAGCUGCGACAGCAGUGGAUUGAUUAGUUUUCAGUACAUAAUAUUGUAAAAACUUGCAUUAGCCAAAUAAACAUGAAACUAAACUGUC